AUGGGUCUGUUACGGAACGCCCUCUCUAACCUUCGCAAGGACGACCCUCGCCUGCUGCGCAUCACCCCUGUUUUGUCGCUUCUCUGUGUUCUGGGAGGUAUUGCGUGGAUUCUUCUCUUGCCGCUCAAUGAGUACUCUCGUCAAACAUACAUAUCCGAGAAUGCAUUAUUGCCGGGACAAGUCCACACCUAUUUUGGUGGGAGCGAACAAAAUGUCUUCCGAGCAUACAGACAUGAAUUGGACACUGCGUUACAGCCUUUUCCAGACGCAAACCAGACCCUCAGCCGGGAUGAGAUCAGAGCGGCAGAGGACAAGAGGAACGUAAAGAUACAAGACCUGUUCCGUAGUGCUGGCCUCAAAAGCGCUCGACAACGCUAUUCUUUCGCUUCGUCUGGACAGGUGUACGAGGGCGAGAACGUCCACGCUGUUCUUCAAGCCCCACGCGGAGAUGGUACGGAAGCCAUUGUCAUACUUGCCGCUCUCGAGAACAUUGAAAAUGCCUCGAACGCCAACGGGGUAACACUCUUGAUUUCUCUGGCUCGCUAUUUCAAACGUUGGUCGCUGUGGUCGAAAGACAUCAUCUUCCUUGUUACUCCGGACUCCUCUGUUGGCCCUCAGGCUUGGAUAGACGCCUACCAUUCUUGCCAUGAUCCAAACUCUGUCCAAGAUCUGUCUUUAAAGAGUGGUGCUCUGCAAGGAGCCGUUUGUAUUGACUAUCCUUUUGAACACCGAUUUGAAAACUUACACAUUGCUUACGAUGGCAUCAACGGCGCCCUCCCAAACCUCGACCUAUUCAAUACAGCAGUGUCAAUCUCAACAGGUCAAAUGGGAAUAGGCACAACAAUACAAUUUCAACAGAACUACACUCAACAUGACAGCCAAAGUUCCUAUCCUGCCCGCCUUGAAACCCUAGUCCGUGGGAUGUCAUCUCAAGCAUUAGGCCAUGCAACUGGCCCACAUUCUGCUUUUAUGAGUUAUCAUAUCGAUGCUAUCACCCUGACUGCGAUCGGAGACGGUUGGCAAGAUGAGAUGGCAUUUGGACGUACUAUUGAAAGUAUUUGUCGAAGUCUGAAUAACCUGCUAGAAAAGUUGCACCAGAGCUUCUUCUUUUACUUGCUCAUGCAAUGCAACCGUUUUGUCAGCAUUGGGACCUACCUUCCCAGUGCUAUGGCCAUUGCAGCAUCAUAUACCCUGAUGGCAAUUCACCUUUGGGUUCUAAGUGGCUAUCGACGGGUUGCGAAUCCCAGGGGAAGUGACAAGGGCAAGGUCGAAGUCCUCCGAAGUGAGAAGACGUCCUCCGACCAGGAUACUUCGUUCCUUGCUGCCGAGCUAAAACCUCAGAGUACUUACGAACCUACCAACAGGCAGCUUGUUCUUCCAAUAACACUUCUGACUGGAAUUCAUCUUGCUUCGCUUGGUCCAUUAUACCUCCUAACCACACUCAAUUCGAACUCGCUGCCUUCAACGUUCACCAUUUUGUCAAUGACUCUUCCAAUCUUACCAGUGUUACUGGCAUCAAGCCUGGCAAGAAUUCCGCAAAAUCAGUCAACGUCAUCUCUUUCUAAUUUGUUAAACGAACAGUAUGUUCUCAUUAAAUCUCUCAGUCUAUUGGUGCUUGGCUUGUUCCUCACCGUUCUCGCAACUCUGAACUUCAGUUUGAGCAUGUGUUUGGGCAUUGUGUCGGUGCCACUGGCUUUCGUAGAUAGAACGCACGGAAGACCCAUCUUAGCAGUGCUUCAGUACUCGAUCCUCACCAUUUUAAGCCCCACCGGAUUGUUCGUCUAUAUUUCCCUUUUCCUGGGGAAGGACAACGGGCUAGCCGAAUGGCUUACACGGCUUGCCUUUGGCUGGAACAUUUGGGGAAGUUGGGGUGUACCAGUCGGUGUUCUAUGCAUCUGGCUUCCAGCAUGGGUUGUGGGAGCAACGCUUGUUGCCAGCACUUGGUUCGCGGUCGCGCCGGCCCCGCUGUCGAGCGCAUCAAAGACAUCCUAG